GCGCACGGGCAAGGUGGACUCCGGGCGCGGGCGCAUGCGCGCCGUGGGCGCUGGUGCGGGACAGCUGGCGCCGGCGGCGGCGGCGGCGGCGAAGGGGCAGGAGGCGGCGGCCGCGGCGGCCCGGAGCGAGCCGGGGUGCAGGCGGAGGAGACUGUUAUAUGGGCUGCCCUGUGUGGUAGUGAGCUCGCCGUUCCUGGCAUGGAAUGUGGAUGGCCACCGCAGAGUGUACAAAGGGGGCGCCUCGUGGUGAGCGAGACCUAGUGGCUUGCGGGUCUCCUUCUAUCACUUGGAGUCUGAGCGGCAUUGAAUACCUUCAUGCCCCGCACAGCAAGGGAAAAGUUGGAGGAAACCAUCCAGGUGUCAGUCUUCCAGAGCUGUCCCAUGACAGGGAGCCGUAGCAGCCGCCGCCCCGGCAGGGAAGGAACCUAAGGAAUCUCGGCUGCCCAGCGACCCUUCCUCACUUUUGGAAAUGGCGGGUGAAAUCACAGAGACCGGGGAGCUCUAUUCUCCCUACGUGGGACUGGUGUACAUGUUUAACCUCAUCGUGGGCACAGGUGCGCUCACCAUGCCCAAGGCCUUUGCCACCGCAGGGUGGCUGGUCAGCCUGGUCCUGCUGGUGUUCCUGGGCUUCAUGAGCUUUGUGACGACUACCUUCGUGGUAGAGGCCAUGGCGGCGGCCAACGCUCAGCUCCACUGGAAGAGGAUGGAAAACCACCAGGAGGAGGAAGAUGACGACUCCUCCACGGCCUCUGACAGUGAUGUCCUUGUCCAGGACAACUACGAGCGGGCAGAGAAACGGCCCAUCCUGUCAGUGCAGAGACGUGGAUCUCUGAACCUUUUUGAAAUCACAGACCGGGUGGAAAUGGGACAGAUGGCCUCCAUGUUCUUCAAUAAAGCAGCGCCACUGGCAACGAGUCCUGUGGUGUGGAGGCCGACAGCAAGCACAACGACACGGACCCGUGCUGGGGGCCCCUGCGCCGCGUGGACGCCUACCGCAUCUACUUGGUGGCCUCUUCAGAUCAUUAAGGAGGAGGGUUAUACUCCCCCCCCCACCCCUCAGUCAUUCAUGUUCAGAAGAUUGUUCAUCCCUUCUAGAGACUCCCACUGCACCUCUUUCUACCUGCGGUUUCUGAUUUUGCUGGCAGCGAGACUUCACCAAAAGGCUGUCUUCACUCUCCUCCUCGGACCCUUCACCUUCUUUGACGUCCAGAAGACCAAGUACCUGCAGAUCCUGACCUCCCUGAUGAGAUGGGUUGCCUUCGCCAUCAUGAUCGUGCUGGCGCUGGUCCGCAUUGGGCACGGACACCGGCAGGGGCACCCGCCCCUGGCUGACCUCUCCGGGGUCCGGAACCUGUUCGGCGUGUGCGUCUACUCCUUCAUGUGCCAGCACUCUCUGCCUUCCCUCGUCACACCUGUGUCCUCCAAGCGCCACCUCACAUGCCUGGUCUUCCUGGACUACGUGCUCAUCCUCGCCUUCUAUGGCCUCCUCUGCUUCACCGCCAUCUUCUGCUUCCGCGGCGACAGCCUCAUGGACAUGUACACCCUCAACUUUGCACGCUGUGACGUCGUGAGCGUGGCCGCCGUGCGCUUCUUCCUGGGCCUCUUCCCCGUCUUCACCAUCAGCACCAACUUCCCCAUCAUCGCCGUGACCCUCCGCAACAACUGGAAGACGCUCUUCCACCGCGAGGGGGGCACGUACCCCUGGGUAGUGGACCGCGUGGUGUUCCCCACCAUCACCCUGCUGCCCCCGGUGCUGGUGGCCUUCUGCACCCAUGACCUGGAGUCCCUGGUGGGCAUCACGGGGGCCUACGCAGGCACGGGCAUCCAGUAUGUCAUCCCCGCCUUCCUGGUUUACCACUGCCGCAAGGACACCCAGUUGACCUUGGGCUACGGGACCAUCAACAAGCAUAGGUCCCCUUUCCGCCACACCUUCUGGGUGGGCUUUGUGCUGUUCUGGGCUUUCUCCUGCUUCUUCUUCGUCACCGCCAACAUCGUCCUCAGCGAGACCAAGGUCUGAUGGCAGGAUGUGUCUGGUGGUAAGAGACCACUCCGGCGCCCCCGCUCACCUCCCCACCUGCAGAGCCAAGAGCUAGCUCCUUCCCAGGGUUCCUUGGGGUAGGCGAGGCCGGAUUCUUGGAGGGGACCCUCCACAUCUCUGGCCAGGGGUCUUCUCCCCCCACCAGGAUUCUGCACGGUCUGUACUGUGCCUCACUCGCCGGGCAACCUUUCCCCCCGGGUUCCCCUGCGUGGAGCUGCCCCUGGCCAGCCGAGCUGCACGGCCUGGGCACACAGCUGCCCCAGACUCCGGGCUUGGCCACGGCUCUACACACAGGCCCCAGCAGACAACCACCAGGGGCAGCCUCCUCCCCCGCACGGUGGGGACACAGUGCUGGCUGGCACUGCCACUAUUCAUACCAGACGCCACGUCCCCUCCUCCUUUGUCCCAGCCCCUCGUGCGUCCUAGUCUGGGGAAUCUGCCGCACAGGUAGCUGCUGCCUCAGGGCGAGUCCCAGGCCCUAAGCCUCCUCCCCACCAGGAUUGCCAGGUCCCACCUUCCCCUCAGGCCUGGAGUGGCCAGGUGCCACUCCCGGGGGAGGGCCUGGCCAGCCCCCAUGACAAGAACAGGAAGUGCUGAUCAGCAUCAGGGUCCCUGGACUGUCGCUGUGAGGGCCCCUGCCAUGGGUGCCAGCCCCAGUCCUGAGCUCCUGAGCCCGUGAUGACUCAGCCCAGGAGACAGUUUAAGCCCAGAGCUGUGACCCCUCAAAGGGAUCCGCUGCUCUCCUGACUGCCCCAUGGGGCCCGUGGGGUCUCCUGCACUACCGGGGGCAAUGUAUAAGGACCACGAAAGGGAGCCACCCCCAGCCACCAUCACAGUGGCUUGAGAGCACCCUGAGCAUGUGGCAGUGAGGGGGCUCUGCUUCCCACCCUCUAAGAGGUCAGGCCUGUGGGGUAGCAGCAGGCUUGGCUGUCCCCACUCGAGUACUAAAGGUGGCUCCCUUUUGAGCCACAUGCUCUCCAUGACCCUUGGGUGCUGUGGAGUGAGAUGGGGCACCAGGCACCAUUCUCAUGGAAGGAGGGGUGAGUUUCUAGCCACCUCACCAGCUCUUCCAUGGCCCCAUCCCUGUCACAAGCAUGCAUGCAUCUGCUGGGCCAGCCUUCCUUGGAAACACAGGUGACUAGUGAACUCUGCAUUUUCAGUGUGCCUUCUGCUUCAGGACCUGGGGGUCCUUCCUGACCCUCCCUGGCAUCCCCCCAGCCCUGGGCCUGGCCCACCUGUCCUGGAGCCCAGAGCAGCUUGACCUGGAACUGCCUGUCUGGGUGGGGCUUCAGGUCCCCAAACCAGCACCCCCCUUUUGAUUUCAGUGCCUUGCUCAGCCCACAUUCAGGAACCUUCACAGCCUCCUACAUGGCACGGUAUUCAUACCUUGGACAGUGACCGUGCCGGCUCUCCUGGGGCCCAUGGUGGUCUUGGAGGGAGAGGGAGGAAGACCUGGGAUAUGUAUGAACUGGGGAGUCCACAGGCAAUGCCACCCCCUGCCCUGGCCCCUGGCCGCCACAGCCCGUGAGAACCCCGGGUCGUGCGUGAUUGGCCAUGGUCUGCAUUCUCACUGUUGUACACUUCUUAGUCUGUCCCCAAGUAUUGUGAUUUUCCAUCCAUGUGAACACUAGACCACCCUUCCCCAUCUGCCACAGCAACUUCUUCCCAGGAGGCUCCAGCCUCAGUGGGCAGAGCAGGGAGGGCUCCCAGGGGGCAGACACUCCAUGGCUCCAGCCCUACCUGGAGCUGCCCAGCUGUUUGCUAAAAACGCAAAACAUCUGUAUUUCCCCUUCUCCAGUUACAUCCUCUCUUGCUUAAGGACAAAGCAAAUUAAAUCAUCCUGCCGCCCCAGGCUCCAAACCAAAUAUUGGACGUGAGUUUAUUAGCAUCAUAAAGCCCAGGUUGAUUUAUGUGACAAUCUGGAGGCAUACAGCAGUGCCCGGUCGGUGGCUGCAUUCCCCUCCUCCGAGCCCGGCAGCCCCAGGCCUGGAGGGACCGAAUCGGCCCUAAGUGGCCGCGUCACUGACGGUAAGCCCGGGUACUCCCCACCGCCGCUGUCUGGGCUCCUUUGCUCCUCGGCGUUCACCUACUGUCUGACCACCUGGAGGUCAGAUGGCGUCGCCUUCCUCUCUACUGAUAGCCAGGGGGGCUUAGAGCAAGGUGGGGGGACCACCAGGAGCUAGACAGACCCCUGAUGAUGCCUGUUCACCCAGUGCGUCAGGCACGCUUGGCUGCAAGUGCUUACAUCGGUGUGGCGAGGUGGGCGAGUGGGAUCAUGAUUUCCAUUUUACAGAUGGGCCCCCGGGGCCAGUGGCAGGGAGGGCAGAGGAGGCGGCACGCCGGGCCUGGCCUGGGUACAGAUGUGGCUGUGGAGGAGCACAUAACAGCCUCUACCUGGUGCCUUUCACCCAGACUGGCCCCAAGGGCAGGCUGGGCCAAGGUGGGAGUCCGCGAUCCCUCGGGCCC